GCCGGCGGGGCCGGACCACGGGUCUGGCGUGUGAGCUCUGCGACCCGCGAGGGGACAGGUGGAGUGGGGACGCCGCUCGGGUUGCUAGGAACCUGGGUUGGCCCGCCCUCCCGCCACACCUCCGCCUCCCAGACCUGCGGCGCCUGGAGUGAAAGCUGCCACUGUGCCUCGCUCCAGCAGCGGGCAGGAGCCGGAGCGAGCAGAAAGGGUUCUUGUUCUGUGGAUCGAGGCCACCCAGGCAGCCCCGAGAUCCAGAAACUGAAGGGGAAGCCUGCGUGGGGAACCCCUGGGUGUCGAUCUGAACUUCUUGGGAGCGCAGAGCUGCUUGGAGUCCUGAAAGUGGAGAUUUUAGAAGGUGAGCGCUGUGGGCUAUGGGAUGGAUGACGUGGAGGAGGACCAGCAUGAAGCCCGACUCAAGGAGCUGUUUGACAGUUUUGACACCCUGGGAACUGGGUCUCUGGGUCAAGAGGAGCUCACUGACCUCUGCCACGUGCUGUGCUUGGAGGAUGUGGGCCCCGUGCUGCAACAGACGCUACUCCAGGACAACCUCUUGGGCAGGGUACAUUUUGACCAAUUUAAAGAAGCACUAAUACUUAUCUUGUCUAGAACUCUAUCCAGUGAGGAGCACUUUGAGGAGUCAGACUGCUCCCCAGAAGCUCAGCCCAAAUACGUUAGAGGUGGGAAGCGUUAUGGACGAAGAUCGCUGCCCGAGUUCCAAGAGUCUGGGGAAGAGAUGGAGGAGGUGACAGUGCUUGAGCCACUAGAGGAAGAAGCGAGGCCGGCACACAUCCCAGAUGGGGACUGCGGCGAGCACUGGAAGACACAACGCAGUGAGGAGUAUGAAGCAGAAGGCCAGCUGAGGUUUUGGAACCCAGACGGCCCGAACGCUUCACAUGGCGGGUCUUGCCCUCCUCCAGACUGGAUAGAAGAGAAACUGCAAGAGGUUUGUGAAGAUCUGGGGAUCACUCGAGAUGGUCACCUGAACCGGAAGAAGCUCGUUUCCAUCUGCGAACAGUAUGGAUUGCAGAAUGUGGACGGAGCGAUGCUGGAAGAGGUGUUUCUCGGCCUCGACCCUGAUGGAAUGAUGAGUGUGGAAGAUUUUUUCUAUGGUCUGUUUAAGACUGGAAAAUCCCUUGCACCAUCAGCAUCUACUCCCUAUAGACAACUAAAACGGCAUCUCUCUAUGCAGUCUUUCGAUGAGAGUGGCCGGCGGACCACAACCUCGUCAGCCAUGACGCGGACCGUCGGCUUCCGGGUCUUCUCCUGCUUGGAUGACGGGAUGGGCCAGGCGUCUGUGGAGAGGAUACUGGACACCUGGCAGGAAGAAGGCAUUGAGAACAGUCAGGAGAUUCUGAAGGCCUUGGAUUUCAGCCUGGAUGGAAACAUCAACCUGACAGAGCUGACGCUGGCUCUUGAGAAUGAACUUUUGGUUACCAAGAACGGCAUUCACCAGGCAGCGCUGGCUAGCUUCAAGGCUGAGAUCCGGCAUUUGUUAGAACGAGUUGACCAAGUGGUCAGAGAAAAGGAGAAGCUACGGUCGGACCUGGACAAAGCAGAAAAGCUGAAGUCUCUAAUGGCUUCUGAGGUGGACGACCACCAUGCGGCCAUUGAGCGGAGGAAUGAAUACAACCUCAGGAAACUGGAUGAAGAAUACAAGGAGCGCAUAGCAGCCUUAAAGAAUGAACUCCGCCAAGAGAGGGAACAGAUCCUGCAGCAAGUGGGCAAGCAGCGGGUGGAGCUGGAGCAGGAGAUUGAAAAGGCCAAGACGGAAGAGAAUUAUAUCCGGGACCGCCUUGCCCUCUCCCUGAAGGAGAACAGUCGCCUGGAGCAUGAACUUCUGGAAAAUGCAGAGAAGUUGGCAGAGUACGAGAGCCUGACCCACAAGCUCCAGCGCAGUUUGGAAAAUGUGUUAGCAGAAAAGUUUGGUGACCUCGAUCCCAGCAGUGCUGAGUUCUUUCUUCAGGAGGAGAGGCUGGUGCAGAUGAGAAAUGAAUAUGAGCAACAGUGCAGGUUUUCCCUUGGUGUUUAUUGCGGGCAGUGGGAGAGGCUGGGUGGGUUCUGUGUGCUUUCAGGGCCUGGUUCUGAAGAGUGCAACCCCCUGAAUAUGAGCAUUGAGGCAGAGCUGGUCAUCGAACAGAUGAAGGAGCAGCACCACAGGGACCUGUGUCACCUGAGACUGGAGCUGGAAGACAAAGUGCGCCACUAUGAAAAGCAGCUGGAUGACACCAGGGUCGCCUAUGAAAAGGAGCAGGCGGCCAUGAAGCAGAAGUAUGAGCAGGGAAUGCACACCUUGGAGAAGCAAGUCAGCGAGCUUCGGAGUGAGACUGCAGACCUUGAAGGGCAGGCAGCCGUGCUGAGGGAGGCCCACCACACGGCCAGCUGCAGGCACGAGGAGGAAAAGAGACAGCUGCAAAUGGCGUUCGAUGAGGAAAAGGCUCAGCUCCAGGAGGAGCUGCGGCAGGAGCAUGAGAGGGAGCUCAACGCCAGGCUGCAGCAGGCAGCGGAGCGCUUUCGCCAGGAGAGAGAGGGACUCGCCCAGGCUGCCUGGACUGAGGAGAAGGUGAGAGGCUUGGAGCAAUCUUACCAGGAGCAGCUGCUGAGCCUGGAGGAGAAGCAUGCUCUCGAGAAAGAAGAGCUGAGGGAGGAGCUCUCGGAACAUCACCGAAAGGAACUCCAGGAGGGAAGGGAAGAAAUGGAAACAGAGUGUAAUAGAAGAAUCUCUCAGAUAGAAGCCCAGUGCCAGGCUGACUGUGAGAAAGUCACUGAGCGCUGUGAACAAACUCUGCAAAGCCUCGAGGGUCGCUACCGCCAAGAGCUGAGGGACCUCUUGGACCAGCACCUGGAGGAGAGGUCUCAGUGGGAGUUUGAGAAGGAUGAGCUCACUCAAGAGUGCACAGACGCCCAGGAGCAGCUGAAGGAGGCGCUCCAGAGGGAGAGGGCAGCUGCUCUGGCCAUGAAGCAGGAACAGGCGAUGCUGGAGAGGACAUACAAGGACCGUUUGGCUAUCCUGAGCACGGAAAGAGAGCAGUUGCUGCAAGACCUGAAAGACCUACAGAACGCAUCUGAGAGCCAGCACGGCCUCCUGUCUGACCAGAUACUUGAGCUGAAGAGAAAUCAGGAGAGAGAACGGAGGGAGCGAGGGCAGGCGCUAUGCCAGACGGGGGUCUCUGAGCAGCUGGCCAGCCAGCAGCUCGAAAGGCUCCAGGUAGAGCAUGAACAAGAGAGGCAAGAAAUGACGGGCAAGCUUGCCACCCUGGAGAGUGCCCACAGAGCGGGCUGUGAGAAAGCAGAUCAAGAGAAGGCGGAGAUGAGCGCAGAAAUCCGCAGGCUUCAGAAUACAGUCAAGGACAUGCAGCAGGCAACAUCUCUCUUGAUGCUUCAGGGUGGCUGCCAGGCAACGGCAGGGGAGGAGGCAGAAGGAGAUGGAGCCAUGUCCCUGCUUCAGCAAGGGGAACAGCUGUUGGAGGAAAACGGAGAUGUCCUCAUCAGCCUGCAGAGAGCUCACGAGCGUGCCGUGAAGGAAAAUGCAAAGAUGGCCACUGAAAUUUCCCGAUUGCAGCAGAGGCUGAAGAAGUUUGAGCCGGGGUCGGUGAUCUCAUCUUGUUUGGAGGAGGGGACGUCUGAGAUUUCUAGAAGUUCCAGGGAACAAGCAGAACCCGUAAUGAAACAAGGUCCAGCCACCAAGCACUGUCUGGGUGACCUAGGGGACCACGAGGCCCGGGACCCGGGAAGUACCAGGACAAGCUCUGUUCAGAGGCAGGAGUGCAGAACCGAGGAGUCGGAAGCUUCCCUGGACUGCUUUUCUGAGCUUGAAAACAGUGAAGACACCAGGACCGAGUCCUGGGACCUCAAGAGUCAGGUCAUCCAGCUUCGGGAGCAACUGACGGUCUUGCGGGCAGACUGCGAUCGGGCUUCCGAGAGGAAACAGGACCUGCUUUUCGAUAUCUCUGUGCUGAAAAAGAAACUGAAGAUGCUGGAGCGACUCCCAGAGGCGUCUUCCAGGUAUAAGGUGUUAUACGAGGAUGCUGCUCGAGAAAAUGCCUGCCUCCGGGAGGAGCUGAGACUUGUAGAGGCGCGCUACGAGGAGUCGCUGGACAGCAACAAAGAGCUCACUGCCGAAGUCUACAGGUUGCAAGAUGAGAUGAAGAAAAUGGAGGAGGUGAUGGAGACGUUCCUCGGCCUGGAGAAGAGUUAUGAUGAGGUCAAAGUGGAAAACGAGGAGCUCAGUGCUCUGGUGUUGAAACUUCAAGGGAAGAUGGAGAAGGUGCUGGGAAGGGCCGCCCUGCAGGGUGACAGCUACUUCCUGUGGGAAGCCCCUGCCGAAAACCUGGAGGUCGCCUUGGAUGAAAAGAUGCUUGAACUCCAUCAGACUCCGAAAGAGUGUACACCCAAGGUCAUGAGCAUGCACCACAUCAUAGAAGAGUGUAGACAAGAAACCCAGUGCUGUGACCAGGGAAGCACGCAGCUCCUAGCUAGAAUAAAAGCACGAGAAAUCGCCUGGUUCCGCAGAGCAAUUCAGACACAUCCAGAAAAGCCUAGCGCGCAGAACCGAGUCGUCCCAGAGGGAAGUGCUACUCUCCUAGGCCUGCAAGACAAACAUCUUCAACAGGAGGCCACAAUCGCAGAGUUAGAACUAGAGAAGCAAAAGCUACAGGAGCUGACUAGAAAUCUGAGGGAGCGAGUCACUGCACUAGUUAGGCAAAAAGAUGCCCCUUCUCAAGGGGAGAAGGAGGAAGAGCUGAAGGCAAUGAUGCAGGACCUGCAGCUCACGUGCGGGGAGAUGCAGCGGAAGGUUGAACUCCUGAGAUAUGAAUCUGAAAAGCUUCAAGAGGAAAAUUCUAUUUUGAGAAAUGAAAUUACUACUUUAAAUGAAGAAGAUAGCAUCUCUAACCUGAAAUUGGAGGAAUUAAAUGGAUCUCAGGAAGAAUUGUGGCAGAAAAUAGAAACCAUAGAGCAGGAAAAAGCUUCAAUCCAGAAGAUGGUUGAAAAAUUAAAGAAACAGGUUUCAGAUUUAAAAAUCAAAAACCAACAGUUGGAUUCAGAAAAUAUAGAACUCAGCCAAAAGAGCUCCCAAAACAAGGAAGAGCUGAAAGCCCUUAACCAGCGUCUGGCAGAGUUGCUGUGCCAGAAGGAGGUGCCAGGAACUUGCACCUCUGAGAAAUGGGAACAAGAAAAUGCAAGCCUCAAAGAAGAACUGGAUCACUACAAAGUGCAGACUUCCACUUUGGUGUCUUCUCUGGAGGCAGAACUUUCCGAAGUUAAACUGCAGACUCACGUCGUGGAGCAGGAAAACCUCCUUCUCAAAGAUGAACUGGAGAGACUGAAGGCACUGCACAGAUGUCCUGACCUCUCUGACUUCCAGCAAAAAAUGUCUAGCAUUCUAAGCUACAAUGAAAAACUGCUGAAGGAAAAAGAAGUUCUGAGUGAAGAGUUAAAGAGCUGUGCAGAUAAGCUGGCAGAGUCAAGCCUCUUAGAGCACAGAAUUGCUACAAUGAAGCAGGAGCAGACGGCCUGGGAAGAGCAGAGCAAGAGCCUGAAGUCAGAGCUGGCGGUGUCCCAGGCAAAGGUUCAGAACUUAGAAGAUGUCCUGCAGAAUGUAAACCUUCAAAUGGCCCAGAUUGAAUCAGAUCUCCAAGUGACUCGACAGGAAAAGGAGGCUCUAAAGCAGGAAGUGAUGUCAUUACACAGACAGCUUCAGAAUGCCAUGGACAAGGACUGGGUCUCAGAAACAGCUCCCCAUCUCUCAGGGCUCCGGGGCCAGCAGAGAAGGCUCUCCUGGGACAAACUGGACCAUCUGAUGAAUGAGGAACCGCAGCUGCUUUGUCAGGAAAGCAAGAGACUCCACUCUGUGGUACAGAACACCCAAGCAGACCUCACCCACUCCCGGGAGAAGGUCCGCCAACUGGAAUCCAACCUUCUUCCCACAAAACACCAAAAACAACUCGACCAACCAUGUACUGUGAAGUCCAUAGAACAAGAGAAACUGACCUUAAAGAGAGAGAGUGAACAGGCUCAGAGAGAACGGUCUCCUGCCAGUCAGAAGGUGAAUCAGAUGGGUUCCCUUGAGCGAGAAUUAGAAACAAUCCAUUUGGAAAAUGAAGGUCUGAAGAAGAAACAGGUGAGACUGGACGAGAAGCUAAUGGAGAUGCAGCCCCUGAGGUCCACUGUGACUCGUAGCCCAUCCUCUCACUGGGAUCUGCAGUUGCUCCAGCAGCAAACCUGUCCGAUGGUGCCCAGGGAGCAGUUUCUGCAGCUUCAUCAGCAGCUGCUGCAGGCAGAAAAGAGGAGCCAGCACCUGCAGGAGGAGCUUGACAACAGGACCUCCGAAACCAACAUGCCACAGGUAAGCCAGGAACACCUUGUAAAUCUCAUGGAAGAACGAAUGAUAGAAGUUGAACAAAAACUAAAGCUGGUGAAAAGACUUCUUCAAGAGAAAGUAAAUCAGCUCAAAGAACAACUCUGCAAGAACACAAAAACAGAUGCCGUGGUGAAGGAUUUGUAUGUCGAAAAUGCCCAGUUGUUGAAAGCUCUGGAGAUGACUGAACAGCGACAGAAGACAGCAGAAAAGAGGAAUUUCCUCCUGGAAGAGAAGAUUGCCAGCCUCAGUACCAUCGUCAGGAACCUGGCACCAGCACCACUGACUUCUAUGCCUCCUCUGAGGUCAUAGCCAGCCCAAAGGAUGCACACCAAAGGAUGCACUUGCAUUUGUGCACUUUCCUGACACUAUUGGAACGUGUUAAUAGGUUCUCCGAACCUUCUAACUAUAAUGGCUUAAAAUCAAGCCUACCUGAAGUCGGCCAGCAGUGGAAUUGGAGGCUCCAAAUGGGUGCUUAUUGGGAUUCCACAAAUCAUUAUUUAAAUUACUCAUAAGCACUGAACUUUUAAAGUAUGUUCUGGAUAGCUAGCAAGAAUGAAAUUAAGUUAAGAACCUUAAAGUCCCAGUUUUUAAUGUUUUUAAACUGCUGUUAUCUGUGUAUGCAAUCCAGGUUCCUUUUAAGUAUGAUAUCUAACUAAAGUGGUUAUUAUUUUAAUUUUUUUUGAAAACAUUUAAGUACUGAAAUCAUUCUGCUUACAAUACUUUAGUCUCUUUGAAUUAAUCGGCUGACUGCAGUUCUGUUCAGAGAAGGCUUGGCCAGUAGCUAGCUGCCCAGUAGCUAGACACCAAGAUCAGAGAAGUCCAAGUUCUGCAAAACUCUGACUUCUGAUGCCAAUUCUUGCUACUCUUGCUGUAUAACAGAUUCAGGACUUACUCAGCUGCACUCGUAACUAAGGAUAAAGCUUUACUUCCUUUAAACGGCCCUUUCUCCUCCUAAAGCUUUUGUUUGGGACCUUGUCUUCUAAAAAAAUUGUCAAAACUGUACUCUUAACAUUACUGAACUAUAGUGAGCCCACAGACAGACUGACCACUUUGGAGUAAAAAGCCACUCUUGGAAGAAGAUCACGUGGAGCGGCGUGGAUGUAGUUUCGUCUCUCCCAAGCCUUGGAGUUUGUGGACAUACCUUUGAGUUUGUAUCAAAAGCUCAGGGAACGAUUUUUAAACUGUCUUCCUGAACUACUUGCUGCCUGGCCUAGGAACUGUGUACUGAAAUUAUUCUGCUUACAAUACUUUAGUCUCUUUGAAUUAAUUGGCUGGGUGCAGUUCUGUUCAGAGAAGGCUUGGCCAGAGAUGUGUAAACCACACAACCUUUUCUGUCUUAUAUGUUAACAGCCAUAGACUUUUUACUUCUACAUUUUAGUGCACUUAAUUAUCUGAAAGGCCUUGACUGUGGAGUUAAAAACCUGUCUUACUUACGAAGAGUUUUUACUGUUUGUUUAAUACAGGUCAAGAAUUCAGUACUUCUGACCUUUCGAUACCUCAUAUCUGAACUUAUGAAUUUCAUACUGUGGAUAACAUUGGCUAUCAGGGGUAAAGGGGAGAAAUUUCACCCGAUGUGAGGAAGGAAAUCUUGAGCCAGUUCCACCAUGACUCUUUGGGAUUCUUUAGGGCCCAACUAUCCAGUCCCACCAGCACAGAGCUCCCUCUACCAAGUGUGACGCAGCACACUGUCUGUGCUCCAGUAGUUCACACUGGAUUUGCACUACUAUGCCUAUCAGAAAAUUCUGAUUUCCCACUGGGGAAAGAAUCAAUCUUUCCCUAUAAUCAUACAUCUAAAUAUUUGACCACUGGUAUUUAUGCCUCCUCUAAAUCUUUCUACUCAGCUACUUGUAUUAGCUUUAGCAGAAAAUUGUGGCUAGGCGUAGGCUCAGGUCAGAGGUAAACUGUGUCGUAUGAAGUAGUCCUGUAAGACACGUCCAGUUCUGAAGGUUAAUGCCACUGGAACUAAACAGUAAGCACAUUUCUCCAACAGCUGCCUGCCAUGGGGCCUUGUUCGUUGUGCUUCUUAAUUUUAUUUUAUAUUAUAAAAAGUAUAGGUUGGUGUUUCUUAUACAUUUGUAUUUAUGUGUACAUAAAGAGUUGUACAAUGACUGUAAAUACGAUUUUUGGAAAAGUUUUAGAGUUCAUUUAUAAUUAUUUCACCCAAAAUCAAAAUACUACUUUAGUAAAAUGUAAAUUUCUUGCUUUACCCCACUUACUAAAUGGGGGGAGGAGAUCAAUAUGAGAAAUGUCUAUAGAUAUCUUAAACUUAUACAUUCAUGCAGCAGUUUAUAUUUUAGAAACCUUUUAGUAAAGGAGUUUAACUGCCCAUGUAGAAUAUAGCUUAAAGCUUUAAAAGCAUCAAAUGUAAAAUCCUACAAUUAUGUGUUGAUUCGACUCUCAGACUUUCUUCCCAGUAGCGCUCUCCAAAAUCAUGAGUUACAUGUUUUAUGGCCAUAGCUACUGGUUUUGGUUUUUGGUUUUUGGUUUCUUUUUUGUUUUUGUUUUUGUUUUUAAUCACUGGGUUUAGACUUUAAGUCAUUGCUAGGAAGAGCUCCAUUGACCCGUCUGAUGUUUUCUCAUUCUUUAAAGGCCUUACUCUGUUGUUUCCCCUAAGGGGAGAAAGGAUUUAUUUUAUCCAAAGGCCUUUUCUCUUAGAGUAAGUUUGUGAGGGGAGAGAAGUCCAUGUGGUUUAGGAUGAAGCACAGUCUUUUCAUUUGUUUUCAAAAGCUCUAAUUCCAGCUAAGCCAUUUUAAAUGUGAAUCCCUCCUUGAAACUGCAAUGUGCUAUUUGUCUAUUUGACCAUCAGCAUGUUUUAUAUAAACAGAUUAUGAAAGACAUCUUACAGGUCUGGUGUUUCAGUAAUAAAUCAAUAUUCAGGGCAGGUAUUGAGAAACUUU